GUCGUUGCUUUCCACUACGUAACGACGUCACGGAUUAGCGGAGAGCGAUGAAUCGCGGUGUUUUAACAAGUUUGUUGAGCGGAUCAGUACCCGCGAAGUCUUGAACGGUAUCCAAACGGUACUACGGGAGAACGUCUUGCGUUUCCCGGACGAAUUCUCAGUUUGUCGCGUGUUCUCGUCGCGAUAGUACUUGGCACGUUUCGAUCUCUCGCGACCCGGCUCGGUCGGAACGGUAGGAAAACGGUAAAUAGAUGAAUCGAGUGAACGACUCAAGUGUGCAUCCAGGGGACAACAGUGUCGAGUAAAAGACCAUUUAUCGUUGUUCAUGCGAAACAAAUUGACGUGCCUAUUAUAGAUCCGGGUAAAAUACGUUCGAAGAAACGUUUCGACGCUCAAUUCUUCGCAACUUGCAGUGAGGAAAUCAACAUGAAAAUCAGAUCGAUUCUGUAUCUCUCCAACAUUCUACUUCAAUGCUAUCUUUGGAUAAUCGUUACUGCUGACGAUGGACUUCGUGUAGCUUUCCAGUGGAAACAACUUGAUUACGAAUGGCCAAGCAACGACACUAAGCUUCUCUUCCCAGGAUACAAGCAAGAGGAUAACCUUCCCCUUGGCCUUGAGAUUACGAGUACCAGGAUCUUUGUUACUGUGCCGAGAUGGAGGCGUGGUGUCGUUGCUAGCUUGAAUUAUUUUAACAUAAACGAUACACGCGAAUCUCCAACUCUGAUCCCCUAUCCUUCUUGGGAGGCGCAUCAAUACGAAGGUGACAGCGUACCAGAGAUCAUUUCAACGUUUCGAAUCCGAGCAGAUCGCUGUGACAGGCUUUGGGUCCUUGACACGGGGUUCACCGAUAUCUUGGAUAGCCCAGAACAGCAAGCACCACCGGCAUUGCUCAUCUAUGAUUUGAAAACCGAUAGAUUACUACGAAAAUUCGUUGUUCCUGAAGAUCAAAAGACGUCGGAUUCCCUUUUCGCGAAUAUUGCCGUUGAAGAUUAUUCUUGCGAAGAUACUUAUGCUUAUCUAGGUGACUUGGGUGGCCCAGGACUCGUAGUCUACUCGUGGAGGAUGGGGAAAUCAUGGCUCGUCAAACAUCAUUUCUUCCAACCUGAUCCACAAGGUGGAGAGUUCAAUGUGUCGGGGAUUUCGUUCAAAUGGACAGAUGGUCUCUUCGGCAUGAGCCUUGCAUCGACUAACGAUGGAUACAGCACAAUGUAUUUCCAUCCACUUUCUAGUACUAUGGAGUAUUCAGUCAGUACCAAGUUACUAAGAGAUCCAGAACAAGCCACAUCUGCAGAUAAUAUUCAGGAAUUUCAUGCUCUUGGAUCUCGUGCACAUAAUGGUCAAAGUAGUGUCAGCUUUUUGGAUCCCGAAACUGGUGUUCUCUUCUAUGCGUUAACUAAUUUGAACGCUAUUGCUUGCUGGAAACCUCAAAGCAUGUUCUCAGUCCAGCAACAAGCUCUUAUUUACACAAAUAACAUUACAAUGGUCUUUCCUAAUGAUUUAAAGAUCGAUCAAAAUGGCAAUAUUUGGGUACUCUCGGAUCGUUUGCCCACUUUCAUGUAUUCUCAUUUGGACGUCGAAGAUUAUAAUUUCAGAAUUCUUACCGGUUCCGUUAAAGAGGUUAUAAAGGGAACCGUCUGUUCGAUGGACCUAACCUCAACCGCAACCAGUCCGUCCAAUAUUUCUACAGAAGUGAAGAUCAUUCCUCCACAAGUGUCUGUGAAUUCCGGUUACGUCAACAAUUCUCAGCUGAUUUUCAUCUUAACAACUGUCGUAUCACUCCUCGUGAGAACGUUUAUCUGAAGAGUCUCGUAUUUUUAACAAUUUUGUAAUAAUUUAUCGAGCAUCUUUCUACAUAUCGAGACUAAAUCUCGAAGAGCAUCGAUGCCUUCGCGUGAAUAGGAAGAGAUCGAAACAUGAUACUUGGGUAACAGAUUAGAUAAUAAGCAAGAGAACGUUACUCACGGUUUUCUCCAAAUUAUGAUAUAAUGGAUUUCUGCAAGCGUUGUACACAAUCGAAUUUCUCCUGUUUAAUAUAUUACGAUGUUAAAUAGUAAAAACCAUUUUAUGUAAAAUCUGGACAAAGAAACUAUUUUACGUAUAACGCUUUAUUUCAAAAUUAUAUUUUCUGUAUUAUCUAACUUUGU